AUGACUUCAUCCACGACAGCUAUGACCUAUGUUAUUAUUGGAGGCGCUUCAGGUAUGGGUCUUGCAACCGUUCAAACACUCCUUGCAAGAGGUUCCGAAGUUGCUGUAUGCGACAUUUCUGAAGAGAACCUGGAGACAUUGCUUGCUCAUCUCACCCCGGAAGCUUCCUCCAAGUGCUUCGCUAAGCCUGUGGAUGUCACGGAUCGCUCCGCCGUUAACUUCUUUUUUCAUGCGGCCAAAGAGCACUUUGGAAAAUUGAAUGGCAUCGCAAACUUUGCAGGUACUGGUGGUCACGGCUUAGGUACAGACGCUGUAUGGCAGACAAGUGAAGACGAAUACAACUUCAUCAUGGAUUUGAAUGUUAAAGGACUAUUCAACGUGCUCUCUUCGGCGUUAGUUCCUGGCUUUUUAUCAAAGCAUGCGAGCGUGGUCCAUAUAGGCAGUAUUUUCUCUGAAAAGGGGUUUUUGAAUGGUGCGGUUUUUGCAGCGUCGAAGCAUGCAGCUUUGGGAAUGGUUCGAAGUGCAGCAAAAGAGACCAAAGGACGGGUGAGGGUGAACUGCGUCUUACCUGGUGUUAUUGAUACCCCAAUGCAUCGUGCAAAUCUUGCGCGAGUCAAGAAUUUCACUCCAACCCCAGCAACACCAAUUCCACGAGAUGGUACUGCGCAAGAGGUUGCCAAUGUCGUGACUUUCUUGCUCAGCGAAGAAAGUAGCUUUGUCACAGGAGAUGCCUGGAAUGUCGAUGGGGGUGCGAAUGCGUGA